AUGGCAAAAAAUCAUGUCAGUGAGGAAGUGGAGCGUGCUUUGGCGAAGUUAGUCCAGCCCAAGCUCACAGGAAGGUCAUCUCCUCAAAGAAUCGAGGGACCAGGAGGAAGAAAGCUACAACUUCAUUUCAGAUCAAGGUUACCUCCACAUCUCUUCACAGGAGCAAAAGUCGAUCAAGGCACGUCAAUCCAUAUCAUUUUACUUGUUGCAGUCACUAACACGGUUAUCAGCUUUGGGUCCGAAGCAGUAGCCAAACUAAGUGUUGUUGUCUUGGAAGGCAAUUUCAAUGAUGAAAAUGAUAGCAAAUGGACUCAAUAUCACUUUGAAAGUUUUGAAGUUAAGGAGAGAGAGGGUAAAUUAAGGCCACUUCUGACAGGUGAUUUACUGGUUACUCUUGAAGAAUGAAUUGGAACUUUAGGAGAUUUGAGUUUCACUGAUAACUCUAGUUGGAUACGGAGUAGAAAAUUUAGACUCGGUGUCAAAGGUGUCAAAGUUGCUGAUGGAUUUUCUGAAGAUAUUCAUAUACGAGAGGCAAAGUCUGAGGCAUUUGCUGUUAAGGAUCAUAGAAGAGAAUUGUACAAAAAACACUAUCCGCCUGUGUUGCAUGAUGAAGUAUGGAGAUUGGAUCGAACAUCGAAGGAUGGAGCGCUGCACAAGAGGUUGGUGGAUGCUAGUAUUGUAACUGUUGAAUAUUUUCUUCGUCUUUUUGUCAGAGAUCAACAGAAAUUGAGAAGUGUGACAACUUGCUCUUGA